AUGUACGAAGGGAUUGACAACCUGAAAUUCCUUUACGACCUUGCCGGGAAGACUUUAUCCGGCGGUCCUCCUGCGGCACAGGAUGUGCCGCGUCGUACUGCUCAACCAGACCCAGUACGUCAACCAUCAGUUGGGAGCGGGGCUCUCAAGAAUCCCAGGACGGGGGAUAGCCGCGCCACCGGACGAGAUAACUCGUCCGACGUCCGUUCACGUCGCGGUGGUUCAACAGAUGCUCAACUAGAUAGCGCUGGCCACCGCGAGAGUCCUCUAAUGGAGGUGGAGGAGGAGGAGGAAAGACGCUCUCCACACGAUCAUGUGGAUCGGUGUGUUCCCGAGAGCUUCUUUGAUCGCGUAACACAAGGGUUACGCGACGAUCUCGAACAUGAGCGAAAUAGGCGUCUCCAAAUGGCGGACACUGCCUCGAAGCAUCGAGCUGAGUUUGCCUUUGCUCAGCUUGAGAACGAGAGAUCUCUGACAUCUCUUCGUGACGAGCUAAGGGUAGCUCGUGUGGAUAUCGACCGGUCUCGGGAUGAGAUAACUGCUCUUCAGACCCUUGUUGAUGCCCAUCAUCGGGAGCACAAGGCUCUCUGCGAGAUGCUUGAGCGCAAGGGCGUUCUUCAUCGGAAGAAGCAGCGUACUAAUGGUACGGCUUAA